AUGGAAACCGGAGGAGUUCAAAUCUUGCAAACUGCAUCACCAUCAGAACCAGUGUCUGACUCUGAUAAGGGCAGUCCAAAUGUGCAGCAGUCUGUACCAACAUUAGGACAACAUCCUGGAUUCAUUCUUCUGAGUGUGAAACACGAAAAGAUACACAAUGCUCAACCUGCUGCUCGCGCAAUCCCUGGAGGGCAAAAGGCAACCACAUUGCCUCAACGCAAAGUUUCACGCAAACGAUUGAGGAAACUAACACCCGGUUCUCGCAAUCCAGACAAUUUACGCGCAGUGGAUUUUGACCUUCUCUCCACAGAUUGUGUCCCAAACCUGGGAGCAAGCGUGAAGGAGGGGUCUUCUGCUCGUUCUCGUUUUAGAGUGACUCGAAUUGCGGAUUCAAGUAGCUGGUGGAUUCCUGAAAAUCCCAAAAUGUACAUUUGCGUUCAUGAUUUGAGGACUUCCUCUCUACCGGACUUUGUGAAAAUUCAGUACCAAAAGGUGCUUUCCAGUCUCUCAGUUGGUGCAAUAAACUACAGUGAGUGUGGAAAAGAUUUCUGGAACUGUUUGGAACCCAAUUAUCUUCAAAAUGUCAACAAAGGCACGGGUGCGAGUCUCUUGUGA